CACCCUUCUCCCUCCCCUUCUCGGAGCUGAGUGCUGUUUUUGUUGUUGGUGAAAGGUGAGGGGACAGCUGAUCCGUCUGUGGGGAGGGCAGCCAUCUCAGGGCCAGAAUGGAAGAAUCAUCGCUAAGCCGGGCACCAUCCCGGGGUGGAGUCAACUUUCUGAAUGUAGCCCGGACCUACAUCCCCAACACCAAGGUGGAGUGUCACUACACGCUCCCCCCAGGCACUGUGCCCAGUGCCAGCGACUGGAUUGGCAUCUUCAAGGUGGAGGCUGCCUGUGUCCGGGAUUACCACACAUUCGUGUGGUCUUCGGUGCCUGAAAGUGCAACUGAUGGUUCCCCCAUCCAUGCCAGUGUCCAGUUCCAAGCCAGCUACCUGCCCAAACCCGGAGCCCAGCUCUACCAGUUCCGGUACGUGAAUCGCCAGGGCCGGGUGUGUGGGCAGAGCCCCCCUUUCCAGUUCCGAGAGCCACGGCCCAUGGAUGAACUGGUGACCCUGGAGGAGACUGACGGCGGCUCUGACAUCCUGCUGGUUGUUCCCAAGGCAACUGUGCUGCAGAACCAGCUGGAUGAGAGCCAGCAAGAGAGGAAUGACCUGAUGCAGCUGAAGCUGCAGCUGGAGGGGCAGGUGACAGAGCUGAGGAGUCGAGUACAGGAGCUCGAGACGGCUCUGGCAUCCUCCAGGCAGGAGCACAUGGCGCUGAAGGAGCAGUACAAGGGGCUUUCCCGGUCCCACGGGGAGCUCACAGAAGAGAGGGACAUCCUGAGCCGGCAACAGGGAGACCACGUGGCCCGCAUCCUGGAGCUGGAAGAUGACAUCCAGACUAUCAGUGAGAAGGUGCUGACGAAAGAGGUGGAGCUGGACAGGGUUAGAGACAUGGUGAAGGCCCUGACUCGGGAACAAGAGAAGCUCCUUGGGCAGCUGAAGGAAGUGCAGGCAGACAAGGAGCAAAGCGAGGCUGAGCUCCAGGUGGCACAGCAGGAGAACUGUCGCUUGAAUUUGGAGCUACAGGAGGCCAGGGGCCGGCAGGAGGAGCAGAGUGCUCAGGCCCAGCGACUGAAGGACAAGAUGGCCCAGAUGAAGGACACCCUCGGCCAGGCCCAGCAGCGGGUGGCUGAGCUGGAGCCCCUGAAGGAGCAGCUUCGAGGGGCCCAGGAGCUUGCAGCCUCGAGCCAGCAGAAAGCCGCCCUUCUUGGGGAGGAGCUGGCCAGCGCAGCAGGAGCCAGGGACCGCACCAUAGCCGAGCUGCACCGCAGCCGCCUGGAGGUGGCUGGAGUCAACGGCAGGCUGGCUGAGCUCAGUCUGCACUUGAAGCAGGAAAAAAGCCUGUGGAGCAAGGAGCGGGCGGGGCUGCUGCAGAGUGUAGAGGCUGAGAAGGACAAGAUCCUAAAGCUGAGUGCAGAGAUACUUCGACUGGAAAAGGCAGUACAGGAGGAGAAGACCCAGAACCAAGUGUUCAAGACUGAACUGGCCCAGGAAAAGGACUCUAGCCUGGUGCAGUUGUCAGAGAGUAGGCGGGAGCUGGCAGAGCUGCGGUCAGCCCUGCGCGUGCUCCAGAAGGAAAAGGAGCAGCUCCAGGAGGAGAAGCAGGAACUGCUAGAGUACAUGAGAAAGCUGGAGGCCCGCCUGGAGAAGGUGGCAGACGAGAAGUGGAAUGAGGACCCAGCCACAGAGGAUGAGGAGGCCACUGCGGGGCUGCGCUGCCCAGCGGCUCUGACAGACUCAGAGGAUGAGUCUCCAGAAGACAUGAGGCUCCCGCCCUAUGGUCUGUGUGAGCGUGGAGACCUGGCCUCCUCCCCUGCCACAGGGCCACGAGAGGCUUCUCCCCUAGUUGUCAUCAGCCAGCCGGCCCCCAUCGCUCCCCACCUCUCAGGACCAGCUGAGGACAGUAGCUCUGACUCUGAGGCUGAAGAUGAGAAGUCAGUCCUGAUGGCAGCUGUGCAGAGUGGUGGUGAGGAGGCCAACCUGCUACUUCCGGAACUGGGCAAUGCCUUCUAUGACAUGGCCAGUGGCUUUGCGGUGGGCCCCUUGUCAGAGGCCAGCACUGGGGGCCCUACCACCCCCCCAUGGAAGGAGUGUCCUAUUUGUAAGGAGCGCUUCCCAGCCGAGAGUGAUAAGGAUGCCCUGGAGGACCACGUGGAUGGACACUUCUUUUUCAGCACCCAAGACCCCUUUACCUUUGAAUGAUCCCACCCCCGCACCCCCAGUACACACACAAA